CGAAUAGGCACUAAAAAAGAAAAAGAAAAAUAGCUUCACGUUUUUUAAGUGUUCUAAUAUAGACUAUAAAGUAAUUCUGACUAGUGAAAGUGACGAAAGGAAUGUUACUUUUAUUUGAAAAUGUUGACCCCUUGCAUGUAUUUUGAUUCGGAAUAUAAUUUUAACAAAGAUUGAAUGAUGCUAUGCAAUGAUAUCAGUUCACAGCAGUGUCAUGAUGAGUGGAUGUGGAUGAAAGGCUCAGUCUGUAGAGGACCCGUGGGAAAGCGGCAUCAUUACUGCCGCGAAACACUGCUCAAACCCCGCUAACCACUCGCCCACAGAAUGCAGAAUACCGGUUAACAAGUUAUUUCUAUGAACACGGUUGCUACAAGUGAGGAACGUAUUAAAACGCUGAAGAAAUGCAGCAAGAGCGCUGUUCUUCCUCCGAAAGGCCUCUAGAUCCCCGCUGUAUGCUCACUCUCGACGCCGAGGGGAGCGAGGACAGGCUCGGCCGUGCGGCGGUGGAUUUCCCGGUAGCUGUAGUUCUGCCCGCCGGAGGCUCCGGAGAGAGGAUGGGACUGCCCACACCGAAACAAUUCUGCACCAUUCUUAACAGACCUCUGAUAAGCUAUACGAUUCAAGCCUUUGAGAGAUUAUCAUGGAUUGGAACUGUUGUUGUUGUGGUUGCUAAGGAGAAUCAUGACUUGAUGCUGAAUAUUGUCCAGAAAUUUAAUCAUUCAAAGGUAAAAGUAGUCCAUGGGGGAACCACCAGACACAGGUCUAUCUUCAACGGACUUCAGGCUUUCAGUAACACUACUGACUCAUCAUUGACGCCUAAACCAAAAGUGGUCAUUAUCCAUGAUGCCGUACGUCCCUUUGUGGAAGAAGAUCUUCUGCUGAAAGUCACCCUAGCAGCUAAAGAGCAAGGGGCCUCGGGCACGAUACGUCCUCUGGUGUCCACGGUCAUUGCAACAACGUCAGAAGGCUACCUGGACCACUCGCUGGAGAGAGCCAAGUACCGAGCCAGUGAAAUGCCUCAAGGAUUUCUUUAUGACAUUAUUUUCCAGGCCUACCAGCGGUGCAGUGAAUCUGACUUUGAGUUUGGCACCGAGUGCCUACAUUUGGCCCUGCAGUACUGUGGCACGAAUGCAAAGCUCAUAGAGGGACCACCGACUCUGUGGAAAGUAACAUACAAGCGAGAUCUAGCAGCUGCGGAGGCUAUUAUUAAAGAGACUCUUUCGAUGUCAGCGUGUAUCAUCGCAGGAGCUGAAUCAAAAGCCGUGGAGUUGGCCAAAACGCUUCAGAAACAUCUGAACAUGAUUGAGACAGACGUCAUAUCAUGUGCAAAGGAGAGUAAUACGGAAUACCUGUCUAAAACCCAAAACUUCAUUUACAUAUCUGUGAGUGGUUCAGACUUCUCAGGGGUCCUAGAAAUGGUGAAACGUUUUGAGGACCUUGGCCACGCUCGUUUAUACCCAGUAGUUAUAGUUUGGGUACAGCUGAACAUGACAAAGCGGUCCAUCGAUAGCCAAAAGACAGAUGAGUUAACAGCCUUCAUGGGUCUGGCCUCUGAAGUCCUACAGGGAAAUGUUCUGCUCUAUGGAAUUGAGAUUGAUCACUCCAAGGUGCCAGAGCAGUGGGAGAGAUCUGUGGAGAGACUCACUCAAAUCUCCGUCGCCCUCAUCCGAGAGCGAAAUGCUGCUCUCACUGGACAGCUUCUUCAUGCCUGAAACUUAAGCAGGAGAAGAUGCUUUACAGCAGACAACCAGGACUCACAAACACAGCGGCAGGAAUCUCAAAGGUCAAAGAACAUUUGGCACAACAAACAAAUUACAGAAAGGAACUGAGUGACAACGGGAUCAAAUAAUCGAUGUUUGGAUCAGUUGAUUCAUUUGUUUCAAGGUAGAUUUUAAGAUAAUUCCAAUUUUAAAAGCAAAAUUGGCCUGGUUUGCCUAGGCACACACGAGCACAAUUAAAAGAACCUCUAAACACUUACAUAUUUUUGUAUGUAAAAAAUGAAUAUAAACACUUUUUGUUGUUGCAGAUGACAGUUCAGUUCUUUCCAUAAUUAGUCCAAUAUAUAUAUAUAUAUAUUGUAAUAAAUUAAUAUAUCGUAAAUUUAGAGGUACAAAAUCUUAUGCCUUAAUCACAUAAAUGAAAGCAUAUUCUGACAUUGAGGCCAUCUCUAUAUUUAAUCAAAUGCUGCCAUCUUGUGGAGGGGAAUGAAAAUCAGCUGUUGUGCAUCGCAGUUGUUAUUGGAUAACUAUCUUGGAUUUGACAUCGUAACCUUAAAGGAUUAGUUCACUACAGAAUUAAAAUGUCCUGAUAAUUUACUUAUCUCCACGUUAUCCAAGAUAUUAAUGUCUUUGUUUCUUCAGUUGAAAAGAAAUAAAGGUUUUUCAGGAAAACA